GCACUGCAGAUCACUUCUUGGGCUCUCGUUAGAUGCGCCAACACGACGCAUGCCACCCAUGCUUGACCGUUGGGCGGUUCUCCUCCCUUUCAAGAUUUAUUAUCGUCUUAUCCUAAAAAUGAAGAAAUAAACCCUAAACACCUGUUUUUAUCUGAUCAUCCAACCACCCGGGUAAGGUUACCUAAAGCCCCCCCCACCCCCAAAAAAAAAAAAAAAAAAUCUUGUUCGAGCACAGAAGAUUGGACCAAGGCCGGGGCGAUCACAUCACAAAAAUGGCAACACUAGCUGAUUCUUUCCUUGCAGACCUUGAUGAGUUAUCCGACAAUGAUGCUAAUAUUGUUGAGGAAGAUGAUGUUGAGGCAGGAAACAUGGAAGAAGAUGUCGAUGGAGACUUGGCAGACAUUGAAGCUCUUAAUUAUGAUGAUUUGGAUACUGUGUCAAAACUUCAGAAAACACAACGAUAUAAUGAUAUAAUGCAGAAAGUGGAAGAUGCACUUGAGAAGGGCUCAGGUGUCCAAGAUCAUGGAAUGGUAUUGGAAGAUGAUCCUGAGUAUCAGCUAAUAGUGAACUGCAAUGUAUUGUCAGUUGACAUCGAGAAUGAAAUUGUUAUCAUCCACAAUUUUAUUCGUGACAAGUACCGGCUGAAAUUUCCGGAGCUUGAAUCACUUGUGCAUCACCCAAUUGAUUAUGCUCGUGUUGUGAAAAAGAUUGGAAAUGAGAUGGAUUUGACCCUUGUUGAUAUGGAAGGGCUUUUACCCGCAGCUAUCAGAAUGGUGAUUUCUGUGACUGCAUCCACAACAAGUGGCAAACCACUUCCUGAAGAAGUCCUUCAAAAGACUAUUGAAGCAUGUGAUCGAGCUCUUGCUCUUGAUUCAGCAAAGAAAAAGGUCCUUGAUUUUGUAGAAACUAGAAUGGGUUACAUUGCCCCAAAUCUUUCUGCUAUUGUUGGUAGUGCUGUUGCUGCAAAACUUAUGGGAACUGCUGGUGGUCUCACAGCCUUGGCCAAGAUGCCUGCCUGCAAUGUUCAGCUUCUUGGUGCCAAGAAGAAGAACCUUGCAGGGUUUUCUACUGCAACAUCUCAAUUUCGUGUAGGUUUUAUAGAGCAAACAGAGGUGUUUCAGUCCACACCACCUUCUCUUAGAAUGCGGGCUGGUCGACUCUUGGCCGCAAAAUCAACACUUGCUGCACGAGUAGAUUCUACCAGAGGAGAUCCAUCAGGAAACACUGGAAGGGCCCUUAGGGAAGAAAUUCGCAAGAAAAUAGAGAAGUGGCAAGAGCCUCCUCCUGCAAAGCAACCUAAACCGCUUCCAGUUCCUGAUUCUGAGCCUAAAAAAAAGAGAGGUGGGCGGCGCCUGAGGAAGAUGAAGGAAAGAUAUGCGAUAACAGACAUGAGGAAGCUUGCCAAUAGGAUGCAAUUUGGGGUACCUGAAGAGAGUUCUUUGGGUGAUGGACUGGGGGAAGGUUAUGGUAUGCUUGGUCAGGCUGGGAAUGGCAAGCUGCGUGUAUCAAUUGGUCAGAGCAAACUCGCAGCAAAAGUUGCUAAGAAAUUCAAGGAGAAGCGUUAUGGAAGCAGCAGCGGUGCUACUUCUGGCCUCACCUCAAGUCUGGCAUUUACACCUGUUCAGGGGAUUGAGCUCUCAAAUCCGCAAUCUCAUGCACACCAACUUGGCAGUGGAACGCAAAGCACGUACUUUUCUGAGAAUGGAACAUUUUCGAAGAUCAAAAGGACCUGAUGAUGCAAAAUCUUAUUUUAUGGAUUAUGAGUUUUUGACUACCAGUAGUUAUGUUUAUAACAUGAGGGAUUGUCUUGAAUCUCAAAAUCACUUAGUUGGAUAUGAUAUUUUUAAUGUUGUCUCUUAUUUGAAUGUAUUGUAUUUCUUACUCAUUUUCAUUAUAAAAUAGAAUUUACAGCAAUGAUAACAA